AUGACGAUCAAGGCUGUAGUGGUUCUUACCGGCUCCGAGGGUGUCAAUGGCACUGUCACCUUUGAGCAGCUCGAAUCUGGCUCGACUGUGGUGAACGGCAAGAUCACUGGCCUCAAGCCCGGGCUCCACGGAUUUCACGUGCACGCCCUGGGUGACACCACGAACGGCUGCAUGUCCACAGGCCCGCACUUCAAUCCAGCGAACAAAACUCACGGAGCUCCGGAAGACGAGGAGAGGCACGCGGGAGACCUUGGGAAUGUCGUUGCUGAUGAGUCUGGGGUUGCGGAGUUCACCAUAACAGAUUCUCAGAUCCCUCUGUCUGGCCCUAACUCCAUCAUUGGCCGUGCUGUUGUCGUGCAUGCUGACGUCGACGACCUCGGCAAGGGUGGCCACGAGCUCAGCAAAACCACUGGGAAUGCGGGAGGCAGGCUUGCGUGCGGUGUCAUUGGCUUCCAAGCAGCAGCUUGA